ACAACAAUUUUAAUGGUCCAAUCCCGCCAGAAUUGGGUGCUCUUCCAUCUCUACAAGGGUUGCAUCUAGAUGGUAAUUUAUUGUCAGGACAGAUACCAUCUCAACUGGGGAGCCUUUCUAGCCUUAUAGCUCUGGAUUUAUCUGAUAAUGAGCUCUCAGGGGAACUUCCCUAUGAGCUAGGGCAUCUCACAAAUCUUAGAUAUCUGUACCUACCGAAUAAUAAUUUUAGUGGAAAUUUGCGUCAAUCGUUUGAUCAACUUAAAAACAUGGCAUAUUUUGACGUCCGCGGGAAUAACUUCAAUGGACAAAUACCUGCUUUCAUAGCCCAAUGGAAAGACAUCGAGGAAUUGUACCUCAUGGGGAACAAUUUUGAAUGGCCUGUUAGUCAUGGAGUGUUCCAAUCAUUGAAGAAUCUUACAAUCUUGCAGCUUGCUGACAUAACUGGAAGUCCCAGAGAUUUCCCCAUUGUCAAUAAUCAGUCAUUGACACACCUAACACUGCGGAAUUGCUCACUUGGUGGUCAAAUCCCUGAAUUUAUUUGGCAUACCUCAGGGGAAAUAAGUUCCACAAUUCAUCGCUGAGAUGGUUCACUAAUAUCUCAAAUUCAUCCGUGGAUAUUUCUGAAAACAAUUUCACAAAUUUAACUUUACCACCUGGAAACAUUUCUAUAAAUUGGAACUUGUUUUCAUGCUGCUCUAAUAUAAAAGACAGGCCUAUUGAAGCAUGGGAACAACAAAAUUACCCUUGCGACAGUAAAAAAUCAAAAGAUGAUCACCUGUACAUAAAUUGUGGCGGUGGAAUAGCAUCAAUCAAUGGAACUGGAUAUGAAGCUGAUAACGACACUCUUGGAGGUUCACAUUUCUUUUUGAGUCCUAAUAACAAAUGGGGAUACAGUAGUAUGGGAAGUUUUAUUGAGUCAUACCCUGGCUGGUGGUCCCCAUCCCCAUUACCAUCCCAAAGCAAGUACCUAAGGUAUAAAACAUGCGACCUUAACAUGUCCGAUGCAAAAUUGUACAGUACUGCGCGCAUUGCCCCCAUAUCCCUCAAGUAUUAUGGAUUUUGCUUAAAAAAUGGACAUUACAUUGUGAAACUUCACUUUGCUGAGAUAGCAUGGAAUCAAAACAGAGGGCUUAAUCAGACAAAGCUUAGAAGGACAUUGAAGCGAAUUUUCAAUGUGAAAAUUCAGGACAAACAGGUAGAAACAAAUUUCAAUAUAGUAGAACAGGCUAUGGGUGUCGACCAGAAUAUCACUCUAGAGUUUGAUGAAGUUCAUGUGAAUAACAGCCGACUAGAGAUUCACUUAUAUUGGGCUGGCAAAGGCUCUACGGGUUACCGAUUUCCACAAUAUGGUCCUUUGAUAUCUGGUAUUUCUGUACAUCGUGUAAAAUAUAAACUCCCUCCUCUAGUAAUUGCUGGGAUUGUAGCAUCUGGACUACUUAUCCUUGCAUUAGCUUUACUAUCCCUCUGGAAAUUGGGCUGCUUUCGGAAGAAAGGACUGCUUGAUGAAGAACUGAAAGGCAUGGAGUUAUUAUCUGGCUCGUUUUUCAAUGCUCGACAAAUAAAAGCUGCCACACAAAAUUUCAGCCCUGCAAUGAGCCUAGGUGAAGGGGGUUUCGGAUCUGUCUACAAGGGUGUACUUCUGAAUGGAACUGCAAUAGCAGUUAAACAACUUUCAUCUAAAUCAAGGCAAGGGAUCCGUGAGUUUGUAAAUGAAGUAGGAACUAUUUCUGCUCUGCAACAUCCAAAUCUUGUAAAGCUACUGGGAUGCUGUGCAGAAGACAACCAACUUCUUCUUGUCUAUGAGUUCAUGGAAAAUAACUCCCUUGCACAUGCUUUGUUUGGUUCAGAUGAGGUGAGGUCAAGACUAAAUUGGCCCACCAGAGUUCAAAUUUGUCUUGGAAUCGCGAAAGGCCUGACUUUUCUACAUGAAGAAUCCAAACUGAAAAUUGUUCACAGGGAUAUUAAGCCAACAAACAUUCUUCUCGACAAGGAUUUUAAUGCGAAGAUAUCUGAUUUUGGAUUCGCUAAGCUUUAUGAGGAGGAAGUGACACAUGUGGUCACUAAAAUAGCAGGAACCACUGGAUAUAUGGCUGAGUAUGCCAUGAGAGGUCACUUAACAAAUAAGGCAGAUGUUUACAGUUUUGGAGUUGUCACAUUGGAAAUUGUCAGUGGCAAGAACAGUACCAGUUAUCGGCCAAAUGAUGAGAAUGUUUACCUUUUAGAUUUGGCAUAUGUUUUACAACAGAAAGGAAAUCUUGUAGAAUUAGUUGAUCCGUCCUUAGGGUCAGACUACUCUUCAGAGCAAGCAAAUACAAUAUUGGAAUUAGCAAUGUUGUGCACUAACCCAUCCCCAUCACUCAGGCCCCCCAUGUCUGAGGUUGUGAAACUCUUGAGGGAAAAGAGUAAGAUAGUUGGCGCUUCAUUCAGUACCCCUUAUUCAAUGGAUGAUUCGGCAAUGGCUGAAGAGAUGGCUGGUUUCUCUCAAUCUGCAGAAUUUGGUAGCACUUCGCAAGAAGGGACAUCAAAUGCCAAUAGUUCUUCUCAAGCUGUCAGCCAAGAGGUUGAAAAAUCCAAUACCUUCUUUUGAUUGCUCAGCAGAAAUCACAAGAUGAAUGGCAGUGUUUAGCAAAAGGAGAUGUCUUCAUUUCACUUUUAAUUUGGUUAUCGCAGAAAAAUUGUUGCUAAAACGUAAGGACCUUUUGUGUUGCUUGUUCCUCAAACUUUUGCCUGUGUUUAGCUCAUGCAUCUGUUCUUUUCUGGUGGAUCAAUGCUUGAAAAUGUAGUUAUUGUUUGUUAAGACUGCGAAAGACUAGCUAAAUCAAAUAAACCUCGUAUGAUGUAAUUAUUAUUA